AUGGAACUGCUUCGCAAAACCUUGGAAGAGAAGGCUAGAAGAAGGCAGGAGGCUGAAGAGAAGAAGCAGAAGGCUCGAUUCCGGCGCGCGGUUGCCAACUUUAUGGAUGGUCCCUACAUGACUUUGAUUUCAGUGUGCUUGACUUUUUGGGCCCUUCUUGGGGACGACAUCCGCAUCCUCACCACAAAUCGACCCGCUGACAUCGGGUGUGGCCCUCAGCCUGUUCGUCACUGCUGCAGAUUUUGUCGAAUACGCACAAGGGCAAGGACUUGA